AUGAAAGCGAGGAGAUCCAGAUGUCAUUUGAGAGCGAACAGAUUGCUCUUGGCUAUGAUGUACCUUGUAGCCGUAUUCAUAUUGAUAUGGCCAUUCUAACUACGGAUUUUCCAAGUAGUCCAAAAAAUUUCAGGGUCUCCGCGCGUAUCCCACACCCUGUUGUCUUUGAUUAUGUGAAAUCUGUCAUGCGCCUAUGGGGCAGUGGGUCGUGCGCAGCGUAAUUUAGCAACUUAAGGAGGCAGGCCACUACCGGGGCUGGCAGCUUCCGGAGUGGUCACGGACCCGGGUAAUUUUUGAAUCUCUGGCAAACGCCUCUUCGUCUCGGAGGUAAUUGCGCCCCCCAAGAGAAGCCGAGGGGCGUCCAACAGCUUCUUGCCCUCCCAAUGUGCGACGGGGCUGUUGUAGGUGGAGACCCCGAGCUCGUCGACGAGGCAGAAGACAUUGGGGGUCUGGCCAUGGGCCACAUUCACGACGUUGCUCCGCCUUUCGUCCGACAUGUUCCACGAAGCCUUCUUGACAGAAAAUGCGUGGCAGACACAGUCCCCGGACUGCUUUUUUCACCCCGCCACCUCCUCGCUGCUGCAAAAAGCACCACCCCCGCCUUCCCCCCAAGUUCUGCCCCAGCCACCCCUGCCAGGUUUUUCGCUUCUGCGCAGCGCUCUCCUGUUUUUGCAUCGGCAGUGGGCACUUAACCAAGCGGGCUAGGCUUCAAUAGCGCAACCACAUGCGGCACGGCACUAUUUCGCGAAGCCUUUGGGCAAGCGGCCCCAUCGGUGAAACUUGGCGGCAUUGUGCUUGCUGUGAAAGGUUUUCAAGGCUGUAUCGCUUUGCGCCAUGAUAUACCCAAAACAAACUGAAGGGGGCGGGCGCAUUGGACAUGGCAAAUUAGGGUCAGGCGCCGGCGGCCUGCGCCUGUCGCUGCCUUCCUCUACCGCGGGCAGGUCUUUGGCCCCCUGGCAGCAUCGCCCGAAAGCAGGCGGGGAAAGCCCGCUCCCCUAUGGAAAUAUGGAUCCCGAGCUUCUAAGACGGAAAAUCUCUUCCCUUGCGGGAGCCUUUCUGAGGACCCUCCGGGAGGGGUAGCCAAAAACACCACUCUUGGAAGCUUCCCCCGAUGCUACGAGGGUUCCGGAAAAAACCCGCUUUAGGGGUCUCGCGGGAGGACUUUUCUUCGCAGAAUCCCAAGAAUUCUCGGAGGCCCCGGGCCGGGACUUUUAGAAAAGUGGCGCCGCUGCUUCAGCUUUUUGGCGCGGCGCGCCGGCAGUAGCCUGCCCGCCCCCUUCGACCGCGUCCUGCCUGGCGGCAUGCGAUUUCGUCUGCGAAGGCUGCCGGUUUUUGAUAGCGGGCCCAUCACCGUGUGUGCCGGCCUUGGUUUCUUUUGCGAGGGCCUUGACGAUGCGGGGCAAGUUGAUUGUUUCUGGGGAUCUCGCAUGGGCCGCGCCCUUGACAAAGGCUCUUAGGCCUUGGCUAUGAUGUACCUUGGAGCCAAUUCAUAUUGAAGUAUGUAUAGCUGAUUAUAGUAUAGCUCGAAGCUACUAGCCUAGAAUGUCAUUGAAAUAAGCAAGUGAAGAGUUAAUCAAGGCCCUAUAGUUUUUUGCAUUAUAUUACUUUUUAUCCUCAGAGGUAAAAACUGACACACUAUUUUUUUUUCAACACUGAAUGAUAGAUUAUAGUCAUAUUAAGUACAAAUUUUUUUCACAUAGCAUAAGCAUGUCACAGAUCUUUUUACAUCAACAAAAACAGUGAAGAGCCUCUUCCAUAAAUAGCACGACUUUUAUGCAUAGCGUGGUCCGCUGCAAAUAAAAACCAUGAUCAACCAAACACGAGCGUCUGGCAGUGCUUGCGCUUCCAGCAAGGCAGCGGGAAAAAAAGUUGUUCCGUGCUCCUGCGAUAUGUAGGUAACGAGAAGGAGCACCAUCACCUCAUAAGGUGGUGACCGACCUCGUGCGGUCUUCUGACCAUCUGAAAAAGCGGUAAGUAACAAGGUCGUCGACGUCCACCCAGUCGUGUUAUGAAACAAAUAUACUCGACGUCCAAAGAUUCCCUUCA